AUGGCUGAACCAUCCGAAGACGCCAUCGAUGAGUUCGUCAGCUUCACAAGCACGACGCGCGAGCAAGCUAUUAGCUUCCUGAAGGUCCACUUUGCCCCAAGCCCCCCUCGAAGAACAAAGACUCAUGUUUCGUCUGUCGCAGGCACACAACAACGACUCACAGAAAGCGAUCAACGCCUAUUUCGAAGAUCCGACAGGUCCAAAGGUCAGGUUGGCCCACAAGAAAAUGCGCUCCGAGUGCCCGCAACAGCUCCUCCUUCCCGUCCUCCCUCCCGAGCAAAUAUGAAUGAACUCUCCCAGGGCGUCGAUUUCGAUUCAAAUGCCACAACAGCUGCACAAAGCUCCGCUGGUGAGGAGCCUCCCAUGGAAGAUUACUGGUCAGCAGCUACUGACUUGGGAGACAAACCAGGCGGUGCCGGACAAGGACUGAGCUUAGCCGAGCGCGAGGAACAAGAAUUGCAGCAGGCGGUUGCUAUGUCUCUUGGAUCCGGAAAGCAGGAGACCGGUGUAACGCUCAAGAGUGAAGCACAAUUCGGCAAAGCAACACGCGAUCAUUACGAUGAAGGCGCUUGGGCGAUGACUUUGUUUAACACCUCGUCUGAAGAAGUCUUGAUCAGUCCGGAUCCUAAGGACCGUAAGAGGUUUGACGGAGAUCCUGCCUUCAUUAGACCUACACAAAAUAAUCUCUACCUGGGAGGACUUCUGACCAUUCUCCAUGAAAUUCCUCUUGCGCGUGAAGCCCUCCUUCUGCGAAACAAAGUUCUCUUCGACUAUGGCAAUGACCCGAAUUGGUGGAACGGACAGGCAAUUAAUCUUCCGAAAAUUGUUACCGUUCAUGAUAGCCAGGACGACAACGACUGGGACGAUAUUAUCUACGAGUCACAGCGGCUGAUGGCAUUCCUGGACUCCACAAAUCGUGCAUUCGGAAGCAGCGAUGCGCUGGCAAAUCUCAAACACGUCACGUCAUACUCUUCUGAUUUGGAGGAAAUUGUGGCUCGUUUUCUAGAGAAGUGGCAUGACGCGGCGCUUCGAGCGGACCCAGACAACCCACUUGCCACAAUAUUCAUGUCUCAUGCUUACAAGAACUCUCCUUUCGAAUUGGAUGAAGGGGAAGAGCCCAUUGAGAAGCAGCUCUACACAUUCAGCCCCCAGGUUGAGCCGGAUCAUGGUCAAACGCUGUACGACGUCUUGGACACCGCAAUUUGGAGCGAUAGCCCCGGCGAAGAGCUCGACGACGUAUGGCUCGAAAGUGUUGGAGAAGUCCUCUUGAUGAAGCUCGAUGCCCCUGAUAGUUCUAAGUCUGUGGAUGUGAAAAUUCCCUCUGUUUUCUACCCAGACCGCUACCUCAGUAGCUGUCGAGAGAUUUCUCGUGAUUUUCGCACCAAAAGACUGGAAGUUGAGAGUGAUGUUCAGAGGCUGGAGCAGGUCGUGCAACGUUUGACAUACCCAAGUUCACCGGCGGGUACUUUGACCCGAAGGGAGAUCCUCGAAAAAGCUGCAGCUGCUGUCCCCAUUGUUCUUGCGAAGAAAAUCACCGGGGAAGAUGAAUCAAUGAAGUCCGAGGUGGCGAACGAGAAAGCAGAACGGCUUACUAAAGAGCUGAAAGUGGCAUCCACGAAACUCGAAGUUAAGCUCAAAGAGCUGGAGGAAAGAAAGCAUGCGGCUCACGAGAUCAUGCGAAAUUAUUCCAAGACACUCACCGAGCCCUCUCCAAACCCGGGAGAGCCUCCUCUUCACAAAUACACGCUUCGAGGAGUCUGCACUCAGCCGCAUGUCACCUACGUCUUGAGAACUGGUGAGACCGCCACUUCGGGCGACUUAAUGGACAUCGAUGGUCGAAAUGACGGCGCCUCUCAAUGGUGGCGCAUUAGCUUCUCCGUUGAAGAUGGGAAAGCACGCCAGGCCAUGAAGAGAGAAGCUCAGGGCACUCACUCUGCUAGUCAAAAUGGCGAUGUCGUUGGCUACACAGCUCACAAAGUCCGCGAGGUCGAAGUGCUUCGAGCCGCUCGCGAGGAGUAUCGCUCAGUCCUACUUGUUUAUGCCAAUGAUAACGCGGUGAAUGCGAAGGUGGAAGCAGCACCUGAUGCACUCAGGGAAUUCGUGAACAAAGACAACGAGCUAUUUGCAGCCGAAUGUGAGCAGAGUACCCACUCAGGCGAAGAGUCUCACAGCUCUUCAAAAACAGACGCUGGCCGGCCACAGCAAUCCACAUCUCAAAGCGGACAUCUGUUGAAUGUGUUUGACCACGAAAUUCCUGGGCAGACUGAUAGUGGUGCCGGCCAGGAAAUGCAAGAGAAGGGAGGAUCCCAGCUCUUAGGCUCACCCAAUAACACUGUAACCCCAUCGGUCUCACGAGCUUUGGAUGAUGAUAUGGAGUGGAACGUAAGUGACGAAGCGGACUACGUGGAAAAUGCGAGGAUUUGA